GGCGGUUAGCAGACGUUGUUAUUCUUAACAUUCAUUCAUUCAUUCCCUGUCUUCUCCAUCAUUCUUUUCCUCUUACAACGAUCGCUCACGUCACCACUUCUUUCGUGCUUCCUUCAUAGUCCCCAGUUUUAGGGCAAUUCCUCGAUCCACAAUCCCACCUGCCGUGUUCCACGGUUUGGCUGUCCUGUCUUUGUUGUUGUUUGAAGAAAACAUAACUUUAAGAGGGGCUUUAUUAUCUCCUUGACCCGCACUCCCUUUUUUCACCGAGUCUUUGACUUGGCCACAUUACUUUCGGGAUAGGGUUGAUCUUAAUCGUUGCUUUUUCCUCUUAUUGUUUACUUACUGUUGGAACAUCAUCUAUCUCAAUCGUUGACCGUUUCUCUAUUUUUACUUGCUUGCUGCGCUCGCUCACUGACUCUUUUUGAUACUCUCGCUUCAAGGUUUUUCUAUACGCUGUUUUCUUUUGUGUUUUUAUAUUUAUGAUUUAUACUGAUUGAUACCUUCUUCGUACCUUCUAUUUUCGUCGUUUGUCCAUCACGAGUUCCUUUGGGCACCCAUUUUUUUUCAUACGAACCUGUUGUCAAAGUUUGUGGAGGGAUACCCACUCACCAUUUGAUUUAAAGAGUCAAAAGAAAGGCCGAAUCCUUCCCGAAGAUGCCUUUCACACGCCGUCUUUCCCAAUUCUUUUCCUCAUCACCUUCGUUGCCGCUGCCUGGGAAAGAUAUGCAUACUGUUGACAUCGACUCUCUUAAGCCUACUUCUUCACCACCUUCUUUAUCGGAAGAAGUCAUUAUUACGAGUACGAUUGCCGAGGAAAACGAGAACAACAAAGAGUCGAGUCAUGUAUCCGUUGAGCAACUACCCCAUUCACCCAAAAGACCUCGACGAAAAACGAUAAGAAAGAUCUUCCGUAGAUUCUCUUUUCAGACACUUCCUAAAGACUCUACAACUGCAUCUCGUAACUCAUCGCAAGUUCACCAUGUCUUUAUGGUGGAAACCCCACCAAAUUUACCCGCUCUCACAACCACAACUGACGUCCCGCCUCUCGACAUCCAUGAACCAAUAGAUUACACCAGAAUUCAGAUUUCCUCCCUUCCUUUUCCUUUUCCCGAUCUUGCAUCGCCUCUUCGAAAAUCUCUCAAUACCGACCCAAAGCUCAAUUGUUCCGAUUCCGGUUACUUUUCUCUAGGCUGUGUCUCUUCAUCCUCUCUAUCGCCUGCCCUUCCAUCGCCGACUUUACAUCUCAUCCGCCGCAUUAAUAAAGCUAUACUCUUGCUCGAAUAUCAAGAAUUGUUGACUACACGCUUCUCGACGAACUUGGCCUUCUUAUUUGGUAAGAAAGAAAUGGCAAUAUGGCGGACAAGAAAGUUGAGUGAUGAUACCAAGGAACUAAUCAUUAUUACAUUGACUAAGUUGAGAGAAUUGGUUGGGAAAACGAUGGUUCACAAGAUGGGAUUAGUGAGGAGAAGUAGGAGUGUAUUGGGAGAGGCUGUGGAAGCGAUUAUCUCAAGUCGAAGACGAGAUUCUGGUGUGGAGACGGAGACGCCAACUGCGGAAACCCCUUCAGAAACCCCUUCGGAAACCACUUUGGAGACUCCUCCGGAAACAAGCGAGCCAGCCCUCAGCCCUGAAAUCAUCGGAACUUUAAGGACCCAAACGAAACUAGAAGUCCAGGCUAAAAUGAGAGAAGCUUUACAAAUUCUUAGAGAUGAUAUUGGAAUGCAAAGGAGGUUAGAUGAAGUUCUCAGAGCGGGAAUCGUAGGGAGUUGCGGGGAUGAAAGAUUAAUGAUGGGGUUGCCAAGUCGAAGUGAGAGACUUUGUCUAAGGAGAUUUGUGGGAUUUGUAGAGGGAAGAGUGACCGAACUCGGGGGUGCUUAUGAGAGGGUUGAGAAGGCUGUUGGAGGAUUAGAAAGAUCGGGAUACGAAAAAGUGGUGAUCAAAUAAAUGGCAUGAGUUGUAAUAAGAGGAAAUUGGGGGACAGACAAACAACACAUCUGGAGCGUUGAUUUCGAGUCAAAUGGGGAUGAAAAUUAUCAUUUCACUUGCUGGCCGACAACAUAACCGCAUAUAUUCGGAGGUCAGUAGACCACGAAAUACUACAGGUCUUUGGCGAAGGAUCUCGUCAGGGAAGAGUAAAUAGGCGAGAGGGAUGAGGCAGGUACUCCUGGUUACACGGAACAGGCGCAUGCUUAGAAAGCUUUGAACAUUUAUGGAUGGGUUAGGUAAUGACAUGGAGUUUAAUGAGUGGAAUCACUGGGAUUGGUCAAUAUAGAUACGAGGAGGCGAGUCAAUGGCAUUUUUGCAUAUAUGGGAGUAGCAGAAGCUGGAAGCGGAAGGGAUGGGAUAGAAUUGGAAAUAUUAGAAAAUUCA